AUGGAUCCCACUCACGGCUUCAACGCUGGAGGCUACCUCGUGACCACUGAAGCACAGCCCGUGGCCACUGUUUAUGCUCCUGCUCCGGCAUCUCAGUAUUAUCCCAGCCCCUUCAUGCGAGUCAACCAGUGGCUACACGCCACCCACCAGCAGUAUGCUGUGCCUGGUUUUCCACAGGAUGGAAGUCAUGUCGCUGCCGGUCCCUCAGUCCAAGACAACCUGGCCCAGAACCAGCAGCUGGCUCAAGGCUACUAUGCCCAGCCCGGACAGUACCAUGGUUAUCAGGCCCAACCUGGCCACGCUCAAGCUGGCAAUCUUCAAGGCGACCUUGCUCAGGGCAAUUCUGACAAUCAGAAACGCCGCAAGAUCAAAAAGGGCAGACGUGCCCUCAACAAGCGCAAGGGUUCUGCCAACGAGAACGAGAACUCUGCCGACGAGGUUAUGCCUCUUGUGCGCUGCCGCCUCUGCUUGAAAGUAUUCAAGUCGUGGAACAACCGCGCUCGUCACAUGCGAGCUGUUCAUAUUGGCACAAAGUGCUACCAGGCUGGAUGUGGCAAGGACCUCGGCAGUGAGAAUGGUCUUUCUAAGCAUCUGACUGAAGAGCACGAGAAGGCGGCGAGGGCUCUCGAUGGCGACAUACUCAAGUGCCGCUGGGGAGAGUGUGAGCGACACUUCAAGAGCAAUGCGGAGAUGCAUCGUCAUCUCAAGAAUCACAACGGCGAUGAUGGAGGCCUCCCUCUCGAGUAA